CAUCAGCGAUGCUCCACCACUUCACUUUCAGUUCUGUGAAAAGAGAACAUUUAUUUUUAUUACCGAGUCCAAAUUUCAGUCAAGUGGAUUUCAUUUCAGUAGAAUUUAAAGUGAGUUUAAAUCCUGACUGCAGACAGAAGGCGCGCGGAGACACACCUGGAGGAGUCAGGAGAAUAAUCUCACAUCAUCAAGUAGCCUUCAUCAUCAUCAUCAUCAUCAUCAUCAUCAUCAUCAUCAUCAUCAUCAUCACGAAUCCGGUUUAAAGAUUGGACCUUUGUGCGCAGGAGGUUUGAGUGAUUCACAUCCGGGUCAUGCCAGGUGAAGGAGCGCGCGCUGGCGGAGCGGAUCAGCCCAAAGCUCCGGCCGCUCACUUCGGGGACGUUUUAUCCUCCUUCCCUGUGGACGGAGCCGCGCCGAGCUCGAGCCCCGCGUACUUCAUCCCGUCCAACCCCAACCAGGAACUCGCGAGCGCGGCUCACUUCCUGCCCUACGCGACCCGGAGCGGCCCAGGUGUGUCCAGGUGUGCAGCGUCGCUCCAUUACGGCUUUUCCGCUACAUCUUCUUCCUCCUCGUCCAACUCUUCCGCCUCUUCCUCCUCGUCCUCAACAUCACACGCGCCGUUCGGAGCCGGUUAUCAUCAGUUCACGCACGGACCCGCGAACCUGUACACACCUGCAUACGACGGCGCGGAGCUGUGCGCGCGCGGGGACAGGAGAGCUCAGGUGUACCUGUGUAACCGCGCGCUCUGGCUCAAAUUCCACCGACAUCAAACCGAGAUGAUCAUCACCAAACAGGGCAGGAGGAUGUUCCCGUUCCUGAGUUUCAGUAUUUCAGGUCUGAGUGUUUCUUCUCACUAUAAUGUUUAUGUGGAGAUCACACUCUCUGACCCCAAUCACUGGAGGUUUCAGGGAGGAAAAUGGGUAACAUGCGGUAAAGCUGAUAACAACCUGCAGGGGAAUAAGAUUUAUAUCCACCCCGAGUCUCCGAACACUGGAGCACACUGGAUGCGGCAGGAAAUUUCAUUCGGCAAACUGAAACUGACCAACAAUAAAGGAGCGAGCAACAGUAACACACAGAUGAUCGUCCUGCAGUCGCUGCAUAAAUAUCAGCCACGGCUGCACAUCGUUGAGGUUCCUGCAGACGGUCUGGACUCUGAGAGAGAGACGCGCACACAGACCUUCAUCUUCCCUGAGAGCCAGUUCAUUGCCGUCACUGCGUACCAGAACACUGAUAUCACACAGCUGAAGAUUGACCACAACCCCUUCGCCAAAGGAUUUAGAGACAACUAUGACUCGAUGUACACAGCUCCUGAAGGUGAAAGGUUAACUCCGCCCCCUGCUGAUUCCCCACGCACUCACCAGCUCGUCUCGGGUGCUCGCUACCCGGUGCAGCCGUUCCUGCACGAUCAGUUUGUGAACGCUCUGCCCCCGAGUCGUUUCUACAGCACCGAGCGCUCACUGCCGCCUCCAGAGGAAUGUGCUGCCUCCCAUCGCUGGCUCGUGACCCCGGUGCAGCAGUCGUACGAGUCCGAGUACCUGCCCUACGCCCUGAGCUCUCGCGCCCUCACUUGCUACUCCGACUCCGCCUUCGCCUCCAUGGCUGCCGGGUGGGGGUCAAAGGUCAGCUACCAGAACAAGAUACCCGCCAGUUUACCCUGGUCACCCCGGCCCAGUAACAACGACAGCCAGGACAAAGUGCGUGAGGAUGAGUGGGCGGAGUCUGUGGCGUACGCUGCGGUGUGUAAACGCAAACGGGUGUCACGUGACGAGUCCAGCACUGAAAACUCACCGACGAUCAAGUGUGAGGACUCGCGAGCAGAAAACUAUGGAAAAGACGUUUCAUCUGGCUCCAAGAGUGUGAGCUGUUGCGCCUUCUACACUGCCACCUAAAUACACACACACACACACACACACACACACACACACACACACACACACACACCAUGUCACUGAGUAAACUGUGAAUUAACAAACCAAAAUAUUUCAGUGCAUUGUGAUUGGACAUGUUCUGAUAUCAUCACCACUGUGUUCCACUCAGUAGGCACCCUAAGUAGGCAGCAUUAACACACUCCUGUAAUAAACUCCACUGCAGUGUGAGGUCAGCUGACUCUCUUAGGAGACAGGUUGCGCGAAGCUCCAUAUAAAUAUAUAUGUAAAUAUCAGCUGUUCAGCAAAUAUUAAUCUUCAUAAAGUCCUCAUUCACAACGCAUUUUAAAUUCUGAUGAAGUAAUAAUGAUCUCUUUGAGUCACGAUGUUAAAAAUGUACAGAUGUAAGCAGAUGUUCCGUUGAUUUGCUCGUCUUUCCAGAUCGAGCUGCAGCGCGCGCACGGCUCCGUUUCGCUCUGUGGAGUCAAACAUGGGAACUACGGGAAGUGCUAAUACACGCCCAAUGGGGCGGGAAUCACGCUGCCCCACACACCACACAGGGCAGUUCGGUUCCCCCGGUUUCAAAUACUCCACUUCCACCAAGUUCUGUUUUUUUCAUAAUAAACAGAAACAUUUGCUUUUUAGAGAGUUUCUCCCUAAUUGGGUCUUGGCCAGUUCCCCUUUCAUAUGUCAGCAACCGAAGACUAACACGUGCUUCCACCAGGACACGUGACACGUCACAGCAUAACACGUUUGGAGGAAAGCGUUACCAACUUUUCACAUGCAUGAGCUCAAAGACACUCAUGAUCGGCUAGUGUCACUGUGAUUGACAGGCAUGCCCCUCCCACCCAGACAGCUCAAUCAGUUGUGCUCCCUGAACUCCUGGACGUGGAUGGUUGUGACAUCGUCGGGUUUCUCCGUAGGUUAGAGCACACACUUUUCUGUUACUCGUGUGAAAUAAUGAUUAUAAUAAUCACGCCACAUAAAGGCUGAGGAAAAGAAGGAGAAACGCGUCCCCGGUUUUCCAGUGCCUGAUUUCCUCGGGCAGGUUUCAGGUCUUUUGUGUGGUUUGUGAGGUGUAGCUGGGGUGGAAAUUUCUCUGAAACCUGUAAACCCUGGUGAUGAUGUUACCUCCCACACAGCUGAACAGAAGCACGUCUAAAAGCCUUCACCUCCAGCUGUUAGAGUGAACCCUGGAUGAAUGGAUGAUCUCGACUCUCAACUGCCUGGAGAAUUCACUAGAUAGUAGCUUACAGCAUAAAUCCUGCGUGAUGACGUCUCUCCACUUCAGUCUGAGGUUCCCGUCAUCAUUAACGUCAGCACCAAAACGUACGUCACAAGCCACUGCUUCUCUGAGGGUUUAUUUUGGAUGACUUUGAUGGCAGAAUCGUCUCGCUUCUCCUCACCGUGUUGAGAUGAUAUCACAGAAUUCCUGCUUGGGGAAGUUCUUGGGAAUUAUGAGUUGGAGAUCCGGAAAUUGAAACUGUUCCUUUCCUCUCGAUGAGCGCAGCAUUAGGGCUUUGUUUACAAGCGUAAGCGACUCACUGGUCCUUCAGCGUUUACAGAUUAAAAGUCUUUCUGCAGUUAAAAUGAACGCCACUGACUGCAGGAGCUUCGGUGAAUGUGGAUGGAACACAGCUUACAUGUUAAUGUUUUAUUUUUGAGUAUAUUAUCACGUAAUUUAAAAACUAUUACUUCAGAAAGUUGUUAAAAAUGUCACUUUGAUGUGAAAUGUCAGAAGGAACAGAGUUCUGUUGAAGCUCUUCAGUAAGGACGUGUGGAUAACUCAUCCUUCUGGUCAGGACAGACUUUAACCUGGCGCGUGAUUAGCGAGCCUCGUCCUGAACACCUGAACACUGGUGUGUGUUAAUAAUCGCAGUGUAUCGUGUAAGCAGCUGUAGUUUACUGUCAUUUAACACGUGAUGCAGUAAAGCACUCAGAUUUUAAACGUGUUAUUUUUACAAAGGAAUUGUGAUGUGUGUACGCUGCAGUGUUCUGACUCCAGUUUACCCACAAUGCCUCAGUGUUAAAGCCAGUUUAUCUGUAACGGAGCCUGUGUGAGACUCUGUGAUAGUGUGACUCUGUUGUGUUUAAUCUGUGUAACUGUGUAAGUAAAGUUUCUCAUGCAUUCUCA